AAGCAAGUCGGAGGUAGAUGGGGCGAAUUCAAUUUCAGAAUAAAAGCACACAAGAAUUCUUUAAUCAAAGAAAUGCCCCCUUCAUGCCAGCAGAAACAUACACAACACACUAGUGCACAAUGGUUUACUAUACCUUUAAAUACCAUAACUCUACCUGCUAAGCGUGGCUUGUGUUCUUAAAGCAGUCUAUUAUUACGUGCAUGAUUUGUAACGUGUCGCCGGAAGUGAUCUUAUUUCUGCUAACUUCACACAUCACGACGGCUCCAAACUUGUUGCGCUGCUGCUCAGCUUCGUCCGCAUCUCUUUGCGGGCGGAUACGCUUCGUCCGCACCAACAGGCCAUGGAUCUGGUCGCCUGUGCGGCUUUGCUCCUCUUUCGCGUGACUGUCACUCUUUCGCUGAUCGUCUUCGCCCUCAGCUCGGCCCUGUUAGUGGACGUUGUUGUCGAUCGGUACCACAUCCCUAAAGUUUGUUCCCGGGAGGUGCAGACAGAAGACUUCAUCAGGUACCACUUUAACGGCACCUUCUAUGCAGACGGGAAGAAGUUUGACUCCAGUCAUGACCGGGGCAAAGCCUCCAUCAGCCAGGUGGGCCUGGGCAGACUCAUCACUGGGAUGGACCGUGGUCUCCAGGGCAUGUGCGUCAAUGAACGCAGGAGGAUCACGGUCCCCCCACACCUGGCUUAUGGAAGCGUAGGAAUAAGUGGCACAAUACCUCCCGAUGCUGUGCUGGUGUACGACGUUCUCCUGCUGGACAUUUGGAACAAUGAGGACGAGGUCCAGGUCCGCACGCUCCACAAACCUGCCACCUGCAACCGGACCGCCGCCGCAUCGGACUUCAUCCGGUACCGCUACAACGGCACCCUGCUCUCCGGCGAAGCCUUCGACUCCAGUUACUUGAGGAAUGAAACAUACGACACCUACUUGGGGCAGGGCGACCUCAUCAAAGGCAUGGACAAGGGCCUUCUGGGCAUGUGUGUCGGAGAGAGACGGGUCAUCAUCAUCCCACCCUUCCUGGCUUAUGGAGAGAAAGGCUAUGGGGCUCUGGUGCCUCCCCAGGCCUCUCUGGUGUUUGAGGUGCUGCUGGUGGACGUGUUCAACCCCAAAGACGACGUGAUCGUGGAGGCGAAGGAGGUGCCCGGAGGCUGCACCCGCAGGACACAGAAGGGCGAUUACAUCCGCUAUCACUACAACGGCUCUUUCCUGGACGGCACCGCUUUCGACUCGAGCUACCGGCGGAAUAGCACCUACAACACGUACAUCGGCGUGGGGCACGUGAUCCAGGGGAUGGACAAAGCUCUGCAAGGGCUGUGCAUGGGAGAGAAGAGGCGGGUUCGAAUCCCUCCUCACUUGGCUUAUGGCGAAAAAGGAGUCGGAGACUUCAUUCCGGGUUCCGCUGUCUUGGUCUUUGACAUUCACGUCAUCGAUUUCCACAACCCCGAAGAUCCAGUCCAGAUCAAAGUGACCCACAAGCCCCAGCGCUGCGAUGUGACCACCGAAGCAGACGAUUACAUUCAGUACCGUUACAACUGCUCCUUGAUGACUGGGACCCUGCUGUACUCCUCGGACCACUACGACUUCCCUUCGACCACAACUCUUGGAGCCAACAAGGUGAUCCAGGGUCUGGAGGAAGGUUUGAGUGGCAUGUGUGUGGGCGAGAGGAGGGAGGUGGUCGUUCCUCCCCACUGGGGCCAUGGUGAAAACGGAGCUGGAGCGGUUCCUGGGAGUGCAGUGCUCUUGUUUGAGCUGGAGCUGCUGGAGCUGCAGAAGGGUGUGCCUGACGGUUACAUGUUUGUGUGGUUGGGAGAUGGCCCUAAUCCGCUCUUCCCUGCGAUGGAUCUUAACAGCGACAAAGAGGUCCCCCUGGAGGAGUUUUCACUCUUCAUCAUGAAACAAGUCGGUGAAGGGAAAGGUCGUCUUCGGCCAGGGGUGGACGUUGACAGCAUCAUUAGGGACAUGUUUAAUAACCAGGACCGUAAUAGUGAUGGAAGGAUUGUAGAAGAGGAACUGAAGCUUAAGGAGGAUGAGGAGCCAAUACAAGUGAGACGAGACGAGCUGUAAAGACGACACAUCCAGCAUUUCAGUGGUGGUGAAGAAGGUUUGCAGCUACUGUGGUUGUGCUCUUAUGCAAUUGUGCAAUUAUUUUCAAAAUGGUUUCGAUACUGAACACUGUGUGGUCGACAUGUCUCCUAAAUCAUCAGGAACAUUCCUUGUUAGACAAACCAUCCUCGUGCAACCAAACAUCAUGGACAGGAAGAAUAAAUGUGGAUUCAUAGAAGAGGAAGGAGGUGUUUAAAAUGUGAAUAGACUCCUGAAGAGAUGCGAUAUUGCCUUAAUCCGUCUGGGACCCACUUUCUUGAAAAA